GAUAAUUAGACAGUUGACAUUUGCCAUGCUGAAUGUUCAAAUUUUGAUUCAAGAAAGAAAACAAUAUCCAUUUGGUUCAUAUUUUUUUCCCUCAAUUAAACUGGCAUUUUAUUCAUAUCCAAAAACUUCCGUCAAGGUACAUGCUGAAUGUUCAAAUAUUGCCACCUCGUAUGAAUUGCAGUGGAAUGAAUAGGACAGUGUCACACUGGUAGCUUAGUAGAUAUGAUGUUUGCAAGACGACUCUGGAUUUCUAUUCUUGUGAUCUGCGCAACAAUUGUCAAAGCCCAAAACAUUACUCAGUGUUCUUCUUCUUGUGGUGUGAUAUUCAUGACAUUCAGUUCCCUUUUAGAUUGAAAGCAGAUCCCCCGAAUUGUGGAUAUCCCGGGUAUGAGCUUGAUUGCCAGAAAAAUCGUGUUGUCAUAAGUCUGAAUUCGAAAAAGUAUUACGUGCUAGAAAUCAAUUACCAUGAGUACUUGAUCAAAGCAAUUGACCCUGGUUUGGAGCAUCAGACGAGGAACUGUACUUCUCUUCCUGAUUACGUUAACAGAUCUGUUCCAAGCACCUCAACAUUUGCUAGAGUUUUAACUCCUCAAUAUCAAUAUCAGCAGUCUGGUACUGCAGUAACUGUUGCAUAUCAUGAUCGAAACGUUCCCAUGUCAAUUGUUUAGCUCCUGUAAAUUCCUCGCACUAUGUGGAGACUACCUUCUGUAAUUCCACUUCCUCGAAUUCUUCACAAAGUCAUAGCUAUGUCACCAUUGGACAGGACAUGUCAAUUUCGGAUUUGGCUGAGAAUCGCAGUGUUCAAAUGGUGGCGUGGUCCUUGUCUCAUGGUCUUUCAGGGGACAAUACUUCUCUAUCGAACAUUCAUGCAGCCUUGACUUAUGGAUUUGAGCUUUCUUGGAAGUAUAGCUUCUUGUGUAGAGAAUGUGAAGGCACCUGUUUCGCUGAAGGUGGUGGCUAUAGUUGCAAUCGCUUCAAGGAUGAGAUGUUUUUUUCUCGCCAUUUUCUUUCCAGAUGGUACAGUUAUUUAGUUAUACGUGAGUGUUCUUAUCUUACUCCACAAGGAUAGGCAUUUCUUGGUACACACUGAAUACUGAAAAGGAAAAAGUAGCUUUGAAGCUUUUACUCAAGCCCCUUUA